AUGAGUUGGCGUCGCGAGUAUUCGGGUACUCGCCCAGGCUGGCAUGGCGACUCCACAAGCCUCAAUUUCCCCUCUCAAUCACGAUCAUUCGGCCGCCCACUCUCCUAUUUAGCUGCUCAAGGCGCGGCUCCCUUUCACGAGGAACACCACGAGGAUGCCUACCCAAUGGCUGAACCCAUCGACUCCUCCCGUGUCUCCAACAUAAACUUCCCCUCUUCCUAUCGAAAAGACGGUCUUGGUCUCAUGGACGAUGCACUCGCUCACUCGAUGGAUGCCGAGUCGCUUCACCAAAACCGCGCACAACAUUUGCAACCCGCUAGACCAGCGAGUGUCGCCGCAGAGAGAACACCAGAGAGAUGGCCCUCCGACUCGCACUCCUCUCUUCAGUUUAACAGCCCCCACAGCCGGCCACUCUCCACCUCAAUCCCCUCCUCUCUGAGAGACCGAUCACCCUCCUCUUCCUCGGCUCUCCUCGAUCUCCUCAAUCGAUACCCAUCAGCUCGACAGAACAAACAUCCAGCCCCCCAGCGGCUAUAUUGGACCGAGGAACGACCCACGUCUACCCUACAUUUUCGUCCGAGUGUUGAUGAACGCGGUUUUCCGAUUGUUGAGCUGACUGUGCCAAGAUCUACUCAUCGAACCACUUCAUUGCCUCAUAAUAACGAGUUUGGAGACGCUGUAAAUCAAUUCAAUCAGCUAAGCAACUCUUUUCACGAGUUUUCUGAAAAGCCACAUUGGCGAGAAGAGGCUCGAUUCACUCCAAUAAAUCCUCAGUAUUCGAAAACUUUUCCGGGAAAAUCUCUUUAUUCUUCUAUUCGAGAGGAUUUUGAUGAGCCAGAGCAGAGAAGCUUUCCCAGAGAAGCUUUCCCAGUCACUUAUCAAGAAACUGUCACAACUGAACGAUCAAACGGUGGUGGGCCAACGUUUCGCGAAACGAGAACUACAACCGAUUUUGGAGCUGGCCCAAAGACUUUUGUUGAAAGAAGUGCAAUCAAUCCGCAGAUCAAUCAACUAAACGGAUAUCGAGAUCCUUACAACCGAGAACCCUAUCGACCGCUUCAAUUCGUCGUUCAAGACUCUCGCCCAACUCCCACGAAUUUCUCCUUGGAUGCAUUUGUUGAUGAAGUGCUUGGAGAGGAUAUGAAUCGAUCCACGAAUCAAUGGAGAAGCUCUUUUGCUCAAAUGCAAGAAAAGUUCAAGAACAAUGAAGAAGCGAGUCCAUCUCAGCAUCCUUAUGUGAAUGGGUCCAGUCGGCAGUCAGCUAUUCUGACGAAGAGCUCAAGUCAUGGAGAUAUGAGAAAUGAUGCUGUCCCUCCUUCAGUUGAUAGAAAAGCUGCUGAAGCUCCAGAGUUCCGGAAAAGUCCACAAAUCACGUCUUACUGGGAAAAUACAUUGCGCUCAACUACACCAAUUCCUUUGAUCCCGAAACAAUUGAGUGCCGCUGAGCGACUCCAACUUUUGCAAGAAGAUCCAAAUGAUCCGCCGAGAAUUCCACAAAGAAAAGUGAGUGGUGAAAUUCUUGCUCAAAAACGAGCUCAAUUUCAAAAAGAGGCUGAACGAGUGGCUUCACCAACGCCCUACAAAUCAACGAUCAUUCAACCAAUUCGAAUACAAACGAAUGGUGGGUCAAAUUUUGACCAUUCAGAUCAUCGAUUGAUACCACAAGCGGCUGGGGUAGCAAGAUUUCCAUUAGAAGAAUUUGCGUUAAGUCCACCGCAACAAAAUCGCCCGAAAAUCCACUCGCCAUCUCCGGAUCAGUUGAGUGAAAGCAGUUCGGUGUACCAAAUGCCCUCCGGUCUACCGCAUCCAAAACCCAAGCACAAUAUUAAGGAGCAAAUCUAUUAUGCUGGUUUACAGCAAAACACUUUGCCGAGGAGUGGCCUCAAAGUGAACCCGAAUUUCCCGUCACCAUCGCAGGGGAGUGUCACGUCGAGGAUUUCCGAAUUUGAGGGAAGACCCGGGACACCGACGUUGCAAUUGGGUGGCGCUGACUUAAACCAGCCGCCAUCUGAACCUCAUUCACCGGGUCCUUUAAGCCCAAGAACUACUGUAUUCCGAAACCAUGCGCCGGUCAUUCAAAUGGAAAUGGGAAACUCCGGGAGAUCGACACCGAUUCCGAGUAUGUUCGACUUUUCAAGGGAGGAGAUCCGGUUCGAGCCUGUUCCACAGAAAACAAGGCAGUCAGUGCCGGCACCACAGCCCAUCCAGACGACGUCAACAAACAGCCCGGCUGGAAAUGUUCCCAGUCGACUGCAGUUCAACCAUGCUGGACAAAAGAGUGUCUCACCAAAUGCUCCAGCGAUUUCGACCCAGCAAAAGACGAAUGUUCAAGCCAUCAAUAAGCCGAGAAAUGAACCAAGUUUUACGAACCAACCGCCGAUCAAUGGAAAGCCGCCGAUUGACUCGAUGAGCAGCUCGAUUUAUGAGCCAGCUGACUCAAAAGUUCUCACCCCGCGAGGCCUCCGAAGACAGCCAUUGGCUCCCGUUCGAGCCCCGGUCCCGAAAUUCUAUUUCCCACAAGGAAAACCCGUGUCACAACACGAAAACGAUGUCGCCAUGAGGAAAGCUUUGGAUGUUUUCCGUCGAUUGCCUGGACAAAAAGCUUCUGUUAAUGAGUUUGAAGAGGUAAUCAAAGCUGCCGGCAUCCCACUUUACUGGAAGAGAGCUAUCUACGACUCGAUCACCAACAAGAAGAACGUUGACAUCACACAAACCGAGUUCUGUGUCUGGUGGCGAAACAUGACUUCAGUUGCAAAUGAUGAAGCGGCUAGAUUCGUUUACGCAUUGAGUGGUGGAAAGAGGGAUUACCUGGAGCGAGAAGAUUUCCAGUCACUCUGCUAUGACAUCAUUUUCACCCAUCCUGGGCUCACCUUUUACCACUCAGCCACCGAAUUUCAUCCCUCCUAUGUUGAUGUGGUGAUAACACGGAUUUUCUGGAAUGUGAAUCGCUCGUGGAGUGGCCGAAUCACGGCUCAAGAGUUGCGGCGUUCCGAUUUUCUCGCGCAACUUCAUUUCCUCGAGAAAGAGGACGACAUCAACAAAGAGACGAGAUAUUUUUCAUACGAGCACUUCUAUGUGAUCUAUUGCAAAUUCUGGGAGCUCGACGAUGACCACGAUAUGUUGAUCUCAAAGAGGGACAUGCUAGCACACGACGAAGGAGCUCUAACCCCAUUAGUCGUCAACCGAAUCUUCUCGAAAGCGGUGGUGAGAGGCUCACGCACUGAGCACAUCGUCGAGUUCAUCGGCUUGGCCGAGUUCGCCGCUUUUCUCAUGGCUGAUGAGGAUAAGAAAAACUUGACAAGUGUUGAGUAUUGGUUCCGAAUCUGCGACCUCGACGGUGACGGCCUGGUCACUUUGUAUGAGAUGGAGGAAAUGUACGGACAAGUGCGUGACAAAUUGACAUCGAACAAGAUCGACACAAUGCAAUUUGGAGACGUUGCUUGCAAUCUCCUCGACAUGAUUCGACCGAAAAACCCCAACGGAUUUGCACUAUCUGAUCUGAAAAAGUGCCCGCUAGCUUAUCGGUUCUUCAACAGUUUCACCAAUUGGCGCAAGUUCUUCAACCAGGAGAUCAAUGAGGGAGAGAAACCUGUGGUCCGAAAUGACGAGGGUCGCGAGCUCUCCGAAUGGGAACGUUACUGUGCUGAGGAGUACGAGAGUCUCAUGGAAGCCGAAGGAGAUGAGCAAAUUGAUGAGACACACAGUGUCAACCUCGACGAUGAGGACAUGCGCAACAGUUUCAAAGACCUCCUU